AUGUCUUCAAAUAAUAAUAAUAACAAUAAUAAUGAUGUAAAUAAUAAUAAUAAUAGUAUUAAUAAUAAUAAUAAUAAUAAUAAUAAUAAUAAUGAUGAAAAUUUACCAGAAAAUAAAAAAACCAAAAAGAGAAUAUUAGAAGUGAUAGAAGAUGAAUCAACACCUAUAAUUGGUGAAGAUGAAGUUGAUGAAGAUGACUUGGAAAUUACUAAAGAAGAUACCAAAGGAAGUGAAAAAGAUAAAAAAAUACCAUCUACAUCAGUAACAACAACAACUUCUCAAACUGAAAAAUCACCAGGACCAAAUAGUGCAAAUACACUUAAAAAAGCCAAUAAUAAAGCCAAUAAUAAUGAUAAUAAUGAUAAUAAUAAUAAUAAUAAUAAUAAUAAUAAUAAUAAUAAUAAUAAUAAUAAUAAUAAUAAUAAUAAUACCAAUAAAGUUGAUACAAUUUUAUCACCAAAAUUAAUGGGUGGUAUUGCAAUUCAACCAUUAAGAUCAGGUGAUGAAGAUUCACAAGAUUAUUUUGGUGGUAGAAGGUUAGUUUCAACAUCAGAUAGUGGUUCAAGUGAUAUGAGUGAUAAUGAAUCAAAAAAACGUAUAAAAGAUAAUCAAGGUAUAUUAAUCGAUUCAUCAUCAAUCAAUCAAAAGAAGAAAAAGAGAAAGACAAGAAGAAGAGAGGGUAGAAUCUAUGAACUAUUGGAAAAGAAUUUAGGUUCACAAGCAUUGAGAGAAGGUUUAAUUGGUACUCAAUUCAUAUCAUUCGAUUGGCCAUACGAAUUGGUAUUGGUACGUCAUGGUCAAAGUGAAGGUAAUGAAGCACAAGCACGUUCAAAGAGAGGUGAUUUAUCAGCAUACACAGAAGAGUUUAAAAAGAAACAUUCCUCAGUUUAUCGUUUAACCGAUAAAGGUGUACUUCAAGCAAAGAUUGCAGGUAAAUGGGUACGAGAGAAUAUUUCAGAGGUUUUCGAUAGAUAUUACACCAGUGAGUAUGUUAGAGCAAUGGAAACCGCCUCCCUAUUGGGUCUACCAGAUGCAGAUUGGUUAACAGAGAUUCAAUUACGUGAGAGAGAUAAAGGAAAGAUGGAUAAUAUCUCAUGGACCGAUAAAAAGGAUCACUUUGGCAAUGAAAUGAUGAUGCGUAAGAGGGAUUCCUUCUUUUGGUGUCCACCAGGUGGUGAAAGUAUUGCCAACAUUUGUCAAAGAGUUGAACAUACUUUUAUCACUCUCAGAAGAGAAUGUUCCAACAAGAGAGUAAUCAUCGUUGCUCAUGGUGAAAUUAUGUGGGCCUUUCGUGUUCGUUUGGAACGUCUCUCUCAAUUACGUUUCCAUCAAUUACAAUCCUCUGAUGACCCACGUGAUCAAAUUCAUAAUACUACAAUUUUACAUUACUCUAGAAUUCAUCCAAAAACUGGUCAAAUCUAUCCUUACUUUAGAUACCUUCGUUCCGUUUGCCCAUGGAGACCAGAAUAUUCCGCUCCUGGUUGGGCAGAAUUUGAAAGACCAGUCUAUACCAAUGAGGAAAUGUUAGAAAGUGUUCGUUCUGUUCCAAGAUAUGUAAAUAAUCAAGAUUUUGAUUUAGAAAAAGAAGAAAUCUUAUUUGAUGUUUCUGAUAAAAAAACAAGUGCUCCAAUUCAACAAUAA